AGAACCAGGAUCUCCACAGAUAAAAGAGGAACCAGAAGAACCAGGAUCUCCACAGAUAAAAGAGGAACCAGAAGAACCAGGGCUUCUUCAGUUUCCAGAGGACCAGGAGGAAUCAGGGCCUCCAGAGACUGAGGAGCACCAGGAUCUGGGUUCCAGCCAGAUGGGGGCGUGGCCUGUUGUGACAUUUGAAAGUGAAACCUUGAAGGUUCCUUCUGUUGAGGAGCAGAGUGACCUGAGUGACCCAGAAGAACCAGACCCUGAGCAGCUCCUCUCCCAGGACUCUGAAGUCCACCAUGAGAACAACCUGAUUGACUUUCCAGUUUCAGAGAAGCAGGCUGGAUGCGAGGAAACGUGUGGUGAUCCUGUCCGUAAAAAAACAAAACUACGUCAGAAGGCAAGAAGGGUCACUGAUGAGAAGAAAACUUGUGACACACGUUUUAAAAGUUUCACCAGUGUUAUUAGUCGCCAGGGUUAUUUGUUUGCCCACAUGAGAAUUGACACAGGCAAGAAGCUGCAUUCUUGUGAAGAAUGUGGAAAAAGUUUCAAGAGACAGCGCAAUUUGUUGAACCACAUGCGGAUUCACACUGGUGAGAAGCCGUAUUCUUGUGAAACAUGUGGAAAAAGUUUCAGUGGACAUUACAAUUUGUUGGUCCACAUGAGGACUCACACAGGCGAGAAGCCGUAUUCUUGUGAAACAUGUGGAAAAAGCUUCAGUUUCAAGUGUCAUUUUUUGGUCCAUAUGAGGAUUCACACAGGUGAGAAGCCAUAUUCUUGUGAAACAUGUGGAAAAAGUUUCAGUGGACAUUACAAUUUGUUGGUCCACAUGAGGACUCACACAGGCGAGAAGCCGUAUUCUUGUGAAACAUGUGGAAAAAGUUUCAGGAAUAAGAGUGAUUUGUCACACCACAUGAGGACUCACACAGGUGAGAAGCCGUAUUCUUGUGAAACAUGUGGAAAAAGGUUCAGGAAUAAGAGUGCUUUGUCACGCCACAUUAAGACUCACACAGGUGAGAAGCCGUAUUCUUGUGAAACCUGUGGGAAGAGAUUUACUCGCCGUCGUUUAUUACUGCAACACCUUGAAAGUCACAAAUAGAUGGAGGCAUGAAAGACUCUUGGAGAGCUCUUUCAGGAAGUUCAACCACAUGUAACCCUGGGUGAAAAUCUCAAAAUUCCCACUUUCUGCAAGUCCCUCGA